GAGAAAUUAAAUUAUUCCACAAAACUCAUAUCAGAGAUCAAAAAUACAAUUCAUCAAAACUAUUGAUUUAGGAAGACAUCCGAGCUUACAAUGUGAUCAAACAAUGGGGAAACCAAAAAACAAAAAAUUUUCAGUUCUUUAUUUGGGUCCACCAUACACUUUUUAUUUGAUCCUCACUUUUGGAGAGUGGGCUGACAAACCAAAAGCAAGGAGAAUCAAACCACCCUAGAGGGAGAGGGAGGGGCCUAAGCUAAUUUAUAAUCAAAAUCUGAUAUGAUCUUAAAUCUCUGUUCCCCGAGAAACUCUCUCUCUCGUUCCACACCUGCUUACCCUCCCUAGACCUGGUCUCAUGGAUGCACACCUCACCAGAAGCACAAACAGAUUUGAAUCGUAAAUAUAUGAAUUCUUGCCCAAAUCAUGGAAUUCGAUUUCCAUGAAGAUUUUCUCAACCAUCUGCGUCUCACCGAUCCAUGAAAUCAAAGGCACUUGAAGAAGAGCUCUAGAGAGUUGCAGGUGGAGAGAUGGGGAAUGGCAAGCACAGAUGGAGAAUCUCCUUCUAUAGGACUUCCUCAUCCAAUGCAGGAAAGCUCGCCAACAAGCAUCAUCCUGAAGAAUUCAUCUGCCCCAUUACUGGGUCUUUAAUGGCCGACCCCGUCAUCGUCUCCUCCGGCCACACCUUCGAGCGUGCUUCCGUUCAGGCCUGCAAGAAUUUGGGUUUCACGCCCAAUCUCCCCGGCGAUUCCCCUCCCGAUUUCUCCACCGUAAUCCCAAAUCUCGCCCUCAAAUCCACCAUUGUCAACUGGUGCGACAAAUGCGUCGUCGAAAGGCCCAAACCCCUCGACUACCCCGCCAUCGAGAAGCUCGUCCGUACAUUAAUGGCGUCCCGAGAAGGCGAAAACCACAAGAACGGUGGAGGUGAAGGUGAAGGUGAAGGUGAAGAAGGUGAAGGUGAAGGUGAAGGUGAUGCUGAGGUUGCAGAGAACCCCGGCGUGAAGUUCACGCACGCAGCCUCCGACCUGAUUUGCCGGCCGACUCACCUCCACUCCAGCUCCGACGAGUCGAUCGGCACCGCCGUUCCGACGCCGCCGCUUCAGUUCGCGACUCGGCCCUCUUGUUACUCCUCUUCGUCUUCGUCGUCAUCGUUGGAGAUGGAGACUCUAACCGUAACCCCUAGUUCAACUCCCAUUGGAGAAGAGGAAAUCGCCGCGAAGCUCAAGAGUUCUCAAGUGUUCGAGCAAGAAGAAGCCGUGAUAUCGCUUAGAAAGGUCACUAGAAGCGGAGAAGAAGCUAGGGUUUCCCUCUGUACCCAUCGAUUGCUCUCAGCCCUCCGAUUUCUGAUAAUCUCGAGAUACGCGAUUGUUCAGGUUAACGCAAUCGCGGCGUUGGUUAACCUCUCGCUUGAGAAGGCGAACAAGGUGAAGAUCGUACGGUCAGGAAUCGUUCCCCAUCUGAUCGACGUAUUGAGGAGCGCAUCCCCUGAGGCGCAGGAUCACGCUUCCGGUGCACUCUUCAGCUUAGCCCUUGAUGACAACAACAAGACGGCCAUCGGCGUUUUAGGCGCGUUGCCGCCGCUGCUGCACGCGCUCCGAUCCGAGAGCGAGCGGACUCGGCACGACUCGGCGCUGGCACUGUACCAUCUCUCACUCGUUCAGAGCAACCGGGUGAAGCUCGUCAAACUCGGGGCGGCCCAGACCCUCUUGGGCAUGGCGGGGUCGGGUCACAUGGCGGGUCGGGUCCUUCUGGUGCUGUGCAACUUGGCCGCGUGCGCUGACGGGCGUACGGCCAUGCUGGAGGGCGGCGCGGUGGAGUGCCUGGUGGGGAUGUUGAGGGGGGAGGAGUUGGACUCGGAGUCGAUUCGGGAGAGUUGCGUGGCGGUGCUGUACGGACUGAGUCAGGGCGGUUUGAGGUUCAAGGUGGCGGCGAGGGAAGCGGGGGCGGUGGAGGUGCUGUGGAAGGUGGAGAGGGAGGGGAGCGAGCGGGCAAAGGAGAAGGCGAGGAGGAUGUUGGAGAUGAUGAAAGGGAAGGAGAAGGAAACAGAGGAGGAGGUGGAUUGGGAGGAGCUUCUUGACUUGGGGUUGGGGUUGGGGUUGUCGAGUCGGACUCGGAGUCGACUCGGUUCCGUGCUCGGUGGGUCGAGUGUGAAUUCGACCGAGUUUUGAAGUUUCACUGUUUGUACCAUACCGUGGACUUUUGAGAUACAUCAUCACUCGUGUCUCAUUGAUUUUAUUUUAUUUUAUUUUUGCCCUUUUGGGUUCGUAAAUAGAGUAAAAUUCAGAGACACUCUUUAAAUUUUAUUUUAUUUUUUAAAUAUGACACUGCACAUUGUGAAUCUAAAUUUUCGACCACUAUCAAAACAUCUUUUAUAACAUGCUUUGAGCGAAAUAAAAAUAAUUUUUUUUACAGAUAAAGAUUUUUGAUAGUUAUAAAAUUAAGAAGAAAAGUGUCAUAUUUGAAAAAUAUAAAUAAAAAUUUGGGGAGUGUCUUUGAAUUUGGCUUUCUGCUUGCAUGCUUUUUGUAAACUUUUAACUUUAUUUUGUCAAUAUUUUUUUUUUUGAAAAAUAAAAAAAAAAUGAAUAAAUGAAGGAAAAAUGAUAUUGUAAAAGUGAUGUUUGUAUUAUUAUAAUGCAGUAAUUUGUAACGCAAGUUUGGAAUAGAAUAGUAAUUAAUUUUCUCCUCA